UUCUAUGGAUAAUUGUAAAUAAUAUAAAUAAUAAUACACGUAUGGUUCUGCUUGUUCCAUGUGAGCAGAAUAUUGGUAAUUUUUAUUAUUAGUAUGGUUGUGCUAGCAACAAGUAAAAACUAUUUCGUUACAUGUUCUGAACAUAUUUUGGGCGUUGAUAGUACGAAGAAAGAAUGUAGGGUUAUCGAGUGUCGUUCCCUCUUCGCAAAGAAUUUGAGAAUCGGCGACAAGUCCACCGGCGACGGUGCAAUUUCCGUGGACUGUGCCGCCUUGUCGUCGUGCGGAAGAUUCUUGGUCGUGUGCUGCAACAAGAACAUGUGCUUGUUGAAGACAAGCCAGUGGUGUGUCGUGAGCGUGCGACAACUGGCCCGCGUAGCGAACAGCGUGAAGUUCACGGCCAGCGGGCGGCAGUUGGUCGUCGCCGACAGAUCCGGUGACGCGUACGUGUACUCCGUCGCUGAAGCCGAGCGACCCGGAGAGCUGCUGCUGGGGCACACGUCGAUGCUGGUGGACGUGCUCGUGACGGCGUGCGAGAGGUUCGUGAUAACGUGCGAUCGGGACGAGAAGAUCCGCGUCUCGAACUUCCCGAACGCCUACAACAUCCACUCGUUCUGCCUGGGACACGAGAAGUUCGUGUCGUGCAUUGCAGAACUGCCGCACGACGCUUCCGUCCUGAUCUCGGGGUCCGGCGACGGGACCGUCCGGUUUUGGGACUACUUCAGCGGGACCGAAAUUUGCGCCGUCACCGACGGUGCGAGGAGUGCUGCCGCCCUUCUGUCGUCCGCGCCCGAAUCUUGCGACGAAGGUGAAAGCUUACCAAUUAGAUGCUUCAGUUGGUUCAAGAAGGACUCCGAAUCGUCCGUAGGCUGCGCUUGCGUCGGCGGGUUGCUCGAUUGCCUGAUUUUCCGCGCUUCAGGCGGCCGGGACACCUUGAGCGUUGUGAUCCUACAAACGAUCAGCUUGCAGAGCGAGCCGUGGGUCGCGUCAUUCUCGGACAGCGGGGUUCUGUGGGUGCUCCAGCAAGCCGAAGGCAAAACUGCUUGUGCGUUCACUCUGAACACUGACACUGGUCGUUUCGAAGGAAAUCGUAAAUUGGAUGACGAUAGUGAGUAUGUACUGAACACUGUGAAUAGUAAGUGGGAAUUGUUCAGCAGUCAGGAACCUCCCAAAGUUCUUUCUAUCUUGUACAAGAGAAUAUUUGAUGACAUUCAGGAAUAUCAUGACAGGAAAAAGGCCAGGUUGCUUUCCAAAACAAAGAAUGUAUGAUUUGACUAAAGUAACAAACAUACAAAUAAAUACACUCCUUCAGGUCUUGCAGUGUCAA